UCUGACUGUAGAGAGCAGUCAGGGUGAAUCCCAGCAGAACUCUGGACCAGAACCUUUUCUAGACCAGAACCCGUUGCUGGUACUACAGGCAGUAAGACUGGACCUCACUCACUGGUUCUGACUUCAGUAACUAAUGAGCAGCAUGAUGAUCAGAAGCAGGUGGUUCUGCAAUGUUCUAAUGGAGGGAAGCUGUUUUACUGGUCUGCGUGGUUCCUGAAGCCUCUGUCUCCUCCCCCGACGGCUUACGUAAUGUCUGCGUGCCUUCUUCCUCUGACGCUUCACUUUGUGGUUUAACGGACAAAAACUGAGACAAGCAGCAAACAGAGAGACACUGCAGAGACGACAGGACAUCUGAUGAUGGAAGACCUUAUCAACAUGAACACGACUUCAAUGGACGACAUUGUGUUAGCGGGGACGACUGAGGACCCGUUCAACAGUUCUUACUUUACCACAGAAGAAGACUACUCCUACUCAGACUUCCCAAAUCUGAUGUGCGACCGGCAGUCAGUACGGGAGUUCCGAGGCCAGUACGAGCCGCCACUCUUUUGGAUGAUCGCUAUUGUGGGCGGAGCUGGAAACCUGGCGGUGGUGUGGAUCUAUCUGAAUUUCCGCCGCCGGCUGAAGACCAUGACAGAUGUGUACCUGCUGAACCUGGCGGUGGCUGAUCUGCUGUUCUUGGUCACACUGCCUCUGUGGGCCGCUGAGGCGUCUUAUGGCUGGAUAUUUGGCCCCGUCCUCUGCAAGCUGAACUCCACCCUCUACAAGGUGAACCUGUUCAGCAGUAUGCUACUCCUCACCUGCAUCAGUGUGGACCGCUACAUCGUCAUCGUGCAGACCACCAAGGCUCAGAACUCAAAGAUGGAGCGCCGGCGCUGCAGCCGGCUGGUAUGUGCAGGAGUGUGGCUGCUGGCGCUGCUGCUCGCCACUCCUGAGCUGGUGUUCGCCACACCUGCCCAGGGGGACCUCAAGUCCUACUGCAGGAUGGUGUUUCCAGCCAACCUGGGGAACCGUACCAAGAUCCUGGUACUGUCGCUGCAGGUGAGCAUGGGUUUCUGCCUCCCCUUCAUCAUCAUGGCCUUCUGCUACAGUGUUAUCGUCGGUACUCUGCUCAAGACCCGCAACUUCCAGAAGCACAAGGCCAUGCGUGUCAUCCUGGCGGUGGUGGUGGCAUUCGUCGUGUCGCAGCUGCCCUACAACGGCAUGCUGGUGAUGGAGGCCAUGCAGGCCUCCAACAUGACCCAGACGGACUGCGAGAAGAUGAAGGCAAUCGACAAGGCGGGGCAGGUGCUCAAGAGCCUGGCCUACACCCAUGCCUGUAUCAACCCCUUUCUCUAUGUGUUUGUGGGUGUGCGCUUCCGCCGCGAUGUGAUGCAGCUGCUGCGCUGCUGCCGCUGCCUGCAGCUCACCGGCAAGAGUCCACUGGGGAAGACCAGGAGUCCUCUGAACUCCACCAGGGCCUCAGUUCUGUCCGACAGUGACACCUCGCAGGCUCUGUCACUGUAGAGACACUUCUUCCUGGUUAAGUGGACAGACGGGUGACAGAAAGAGCUGCUUUCAUGGGUUAUCGAAACGCAGGCAGCUGGACCUCAAUGUUCAAAAGAUCUUCAAGCAAUUCAGUUCUGAUGAAUAACAAACUUUAAAGUCAUUCAGAGACUUCCAGGUCGUUUCAUCUUCACUUCACUGUGAGAGGAAAAGACCUCAUCCCUUCCUCGCUUCAAAGAUCCGCUUUGUUCAGACUAAUGUCCGGGUUGACGUGCCGUUGAGAUUGGACCUCCAACCUGGACCUCCAGCCGUGGAGAAUGUGUCCACAAAGGGUCUGAACGCACUCCAGAUAUUUCAGAACUUUCUGAGGACAAGUGAAGGUCUGAACUACGACUUUUCACAAUGUUUGAUGAAUGUUUCUGAACCUUUCAGAUAAUUGUUAUCAGGACUGCAGAACUUGGUUUUAAACCAGAAAAUGGGAUUCUUUAGCUGCUUGUCAGAAAAACGUGUUUCUGUUUUUCUCACAUGACCACUGAGCAUUUGAUCACAAGACCUGUUAAACUGAGCCACAAAAUUAAAUAAUUGUUUUCCUACACCACUGCUAAAACAGGCUAAGACAUGCUAAAACAGGCAAAGACAUGCUAACACAUGCUAAGACAUGCUAAAACAGGCUAAGACAUGCUAAAACAGGCAAAGACAUGCUAACACAUGCUAAGACAUGCUAAAACAGGCUAAGACAUGCUAACACAUGCUAAGACAUGCUAAAACAGGCUAAGACAUGCUAACACAUGCUAAGACAUGCUAACACAGGCUAAGACAUGGCAAAGGAUUAUGGGUAAUUGUCAGAGCAACAGAGGAUUUAUCAUCGAGAAAUGUGUCUAAGAAUGUAUAAUUGUUGUACAAUCACUUUAAAAGUAGAACUGGCUUUGUCUCAUUAUAUUGGGUAUGCCAUAGAUUAAUCUCUGACAUGUUUUGCAUUAAUUUUAUGUUUAAUAUGUUUCAUUGCCAUUGAAGAAUUUUGUAGCCUAGCUACCUAGCCUAGCCACAGAGUGAUUGUCUUUUCUGACAAUGUGUUUUCCACAUUAACUGACGAUCCACUCUGUUGUACAUUGUGAAAAGCAGCGUAUCAGUGUGGUAAUAUGUCAGUGCUCUGUUCGCUUUUCCUGUGCUCUGUAUGUUAAUGGUUGGCAUAGCAGUUUAUUUUGCUUUCUAAAAUGGUGAAAAGGUAAUGUGUUGGAAAGGUAAAAGGUAAGGUGUGUUUUAGGUGAAAGUGUAUUUCUUUGUAUUCUGUGAAACCCUUAGCCUUUCCUUCAUCCCAUGCUGACUUAAAAAAUGUGUUUUUGUUUGGUGCCUUUUUAUUUUAUACUGUACGAUCACAAUUAGUCACAAUUUAUUGUACAGGGAACGCUGUUAUGGGUAAUCCUGAGAGCAACGUUGGAUUUACUGCUGAGAUAGACCAUUUGCUGUCGACUCUAUUGUCCUUUGUUAUAAAUGCAGAUGCUGUUUGUUACUGGAAAUAAAUUGUUACUCCAGAUCUGA